CACAAUUUAUCCACAAAAAUGAUCAUCAAGUUAAGCUGUUUGAACAAAGUUGUUGUUAACAACUAACUUACAAAGUUUUCAUUUUACCAAAAACAGGAAGGCAUCCUCCAAUCUCCAACGUUGUAGGAUCCUUCCUUUGUACAUAGUUUUUUUUUUGCAUAUAACCAACAAUUUUGUUUUUGUAUUUUCUUUCAUCCCUUAACCAAAAACAAUUUCUAAGCUUUGGAUAGUUUGAUUGAUAUACAAUGAAGGUUCAUAGAGAAAACAAUAUACGUAUGGUGACUAAAAUGAGGAAACUGUGUCCAAAUCUGGACAAAGAAGAUGCCCUGGACACGGUGUUGGAGGUUCCGAUCCCGGAGGAAAUGUUCACCAAUAUGGGAGGAACUGCAGCUCAUAGAUGGCAGAAUAUGCAUAGUUUGAUGAGGGCACAGAGGUUGGAGAAACAGCCAACUACAACAUCUAGAACCGAUCAAUUCAUUCUGUUGUUGAAACUCGUCGGCUCGCCUUUUAUUCCUUUCCAGGCUCAGCUGGAUCAUGCCAUCACAUUGCCAAUUCGAGACGGUACCAUUGAAGCUUCGACAGCGAAAUAUAUUGUACAGCAAUAUAUAGCAGCCACAGGUGGGCAAGCUGCCCUGAAUUGGAUCAAUAGUAUGUAUGCUGUUGGGCAGGUGAGCAUGAUCACUUCAGAUAUGCCUGAAAAUGGUCAAAUUACUACGAAUUCAAGACGGAGUAGCGAGGUCGGUGGAUUUGUCCUCUGGCAGAAGAACCCUGAUCUAUGGUACCUAGAAUUAGCGGUUUCUGGUUACAAUAUAAGUUCAGGUAGUGAUGGAAAGGUGGCUUGGAGUCAAUCAUCCUCUAGUUCAGUUGUCUCAAAAGGACCUCCAAGACCUCUUCGCCGGUUCUUUCAGGGCCUAGAUCCAAGAUCAACAGCUAACCUAUUCUUGAAUGCGGUAUGCAUUGGGGAGAAAAAGAUCAAAGACGACGAUUGCUUUACGCUGAAGCUGGAGACAAGCCCUGAGAUCCUGAAGGCUCAAAGCACUGCCAACACAGAAAUUGUGCAUCAUACAAUAUGGGGGAAUUUUUGCCAGAGAACAGGGCUACUGAUCCAGUUUGAGGACACAAAGUUAGUGAGAAUGAAAGCUGCAAAGGGAGAUGAUAACGUGUUUUAUGAAACAAGUAUGGAAUCAUUCCUUGAAGACUACAGGAUCAAUGAUGGCAUCAAUAUAGCUCACAGUGGGAGGACAAUUUCAUCCAUUUAUAGGUAUGGAUCAAAACUAAGCAGGAAAUGGAAGAUUGAGGAGACAUGGAAGAUUGAAGAGAUUGAUUUUAACAUCAAUGGGUUGUCCAUGGAUUGCUUUUUGCCUCCAUCUGAGGCCAGGAAAGAGCAUGAUUCAGAAGAACAAUGAUAAAAAAGGGGGUAAAUCUGCUGAUUGCCUGGCAAAUUGACUCGGUAGUCCACAAUUCCAUUAACUGUAUGUAUAUAUUUAGGUUAUUAAAGAAAGAAAUCUCGACCAACAUUUUCUGUCGGAAAAAAAAAGAAGUUAUAGUUAAAUAGUAGACCAUCAACAUUUAACCAUACUAAAAGCUUUUAUUUGGUUUUCUACCAACACUUGUCCACGUACUAUAUCAGUAUUUCCUAAUUCCUUUCUUAAUCUCCUUCCUAU